AUGGUUAAUCAAAUAAUUAUCACCACGUUAUUUAUUAUUGCAAGCGCCCAAUUCAUAUUGAUAUUUGGAAAAAUUUCUUCUACAGAGAAAGGACAACUUGAAUUUGCUGUCGAGCUGAUAAAAAAAUUGGGACAAAACGAUAAAUCUGCAAUUUCGUCGCCUAUUUCGAUAUCGAGCGGAAUUUUUAUGCUUUAUCUCGCAACGGGUAGCCUUACCCAAAAAGAAUUACGGAAAUUUUUUAAAAAAUAUAGAGUAGACAAAAAAGUUAAACGAAAAUUUGAUAAAUUACUGAAAAAUAUCGCUGGUAAAGAAUAUUCGUUGACUAUUGCAAAUCGUUUAUAUGUACAAGAGGGAUUUUCUAUACGAUCCACCUUUAAUGAUACACUGAAAUUUUAUUUCAACGAAACAGUACAUAAUUUCGCUUGUGAUCAGAUAGAUCAACUUAAUCAGGAAAUUGGCAAUUGGGCUUCAGAAAAAACUAACGGAAGAAUAAAAGAAUUUGAAGCGAAUAAUAUUGGUUCAAAAAGUGAAAUGUUGUUAUUCAAUACAUUUCACUUCAGCGGUGCUUGGAAAAAUCAGUUCAUUAAUUCAGAAACUUCGAACACAUUAUUCCAUCUUUCUGAAGAUAAAACGAAAGUGGUACCGAUGAUGCUCCUAAGGGCAAAACUCCCGUACUACCAAGAUUCUUUUGUGCAAAUUGUUAAAUUGCCUUAUGUUGGUGAUGAGGUAGAGAUGAUAAUCAUACUGCCACAAAUUCGCUUUGAUUUAUCUAACAUUCGAAAGAAGAUGACAGGAAAAGAUUUAAUCAAAUACAUUAAUUGGACUAACUCAACUAAUGUUGAGUUAACAUUACCGAGGUAUCGAAUGGAAAAUGAAUGGAAUUUGAGACGUACUCUGAUAAAAUUUGGUAUCACACGUAUUUUCAGCAAUUAUGCUAACUUCGAGGAACUUAGUAAUUAUCCAAUUUCCUUAAGAAAUUUUAUGCAUAGAUGUACAUUUAAGGCAAAAGAAGGCGGAACAGAUGUUGCAAUUAGCACUGAACAUAAUCUAUCUGACAACCAGAACUUUAGCAAAUCUGUAACAUUCAAAACCGAUCAACCAUUCCUGUAUUUUGUUGUUAAGGAUUCAAAAACUGUCCUGUAUGCAGGUCAAUAUGGCUGGGAUCAUCAUCUUUAA